ACCCUCAUUAAUACUGAGGCUUUACUGUAGAACACAUGGGAUUUUUAAUAAAAAAUAAUUUGAACAACAUGCUGAUCAAAUGUUUUAUUAAGAUAAACUAAAAUUAAUUUUAAAAAAUCAAAUGUAAAUGAAAAAUAAUGUAAUAACUAAAAUAAACAUGUUUAAAUAGAUCAUAAUGAAAAUAAUAAAUUAGAUAUUGGAACAAAAUUAUUUGUUAAAAUCCGAUUUUAAUAAAAAGAAAAAACAACUAAUACAGUCACUGAUCAAUCCAAGUUGUAGAAAUAAAAUCUCUGAGAAGCAGAAACAUUAAAUUAUUCUCCUUUAACCCGUUUUACACUUUAAUCUUAAUAAAAUCUUGGGUAGUAUAUACAACAUUACAAAGUACCAGAAGUAUUUAGUGCUAUCUAAGUGAGACAGUAACAGAUGGUCCAGCUUUCUGCAGAUUCUCACAGUACGUGAUGGAAGCACUUCUGAUCUGCUGGAUUUUAAUGUUUGAGUUUUAUUCUCUGUCUAAUGUAAAACACAUCAAUUUAAUCUUGCUUUCUGGACUAUGUCAUAUCAAUGAUUUGUCAUUAAAUAAAUAUUUUUGUUUCACUGUAAAUUCAUGAAGCACAAUGUUCAAUGAAAGUUUAAUUCAAUUUUAUCUGCAAUACAAUACAAGCAUUACUUCUUAUUUUUAUUUAUGUCACUGAGUGCUGUACUGAUGUAUUGUUGCCAUUCUAUUCGGCCUGCAUUUAUUCUGAUGUGACUGAAAUUUAAUAUCUGAUCAUACUGGGUUAUAACAAGUCUUUAAAAAGUCUUUGUUGUACUGUUUUGUUGUUUUCAGCUGUUUUUACUGUUUUAUUAUUUUUCUCAGUCAGUCUACGGUUUCUGACUUCCAUUAAAUUGGAGCUUUAAGUUAAAAUCUGAAGUUUUGGGUUAGUCUUUUGUUUUGAAGGCGGCACAGGAUGCGCGCUGCUCCUGCCGCCGACUUGACGCGUGCGUCGUCGCGUUUGCCGCUCUGCUCUGCCGCGCGGACAGAUUUUCUCUCCGCCGAUCUGCGUCCAAUCACGGCGGCUGCUCUGCGCUCCGAGGCCGGGAACCGUCCGACUGGAUCCGUCCGACGCCUGGAGAACCGGCUCCGGACCGAGGAACGACUCGCGGAUGGUUUUGUCUCUGGGCGGGGGACCUGGAAAGCGGGGCCCGCAGCGGGAGCAGGGAGGAGGCCCCGACGCCGCCUUGUUCUGACCCAGAAAACAGCACCGACGGCCGGGCUGCCUGUCAACUAGCAGGCCGGCUAGCAUCUGUAGCACCGCAGCUCGCAGGGAGGCACCGAGGAGGACGGAUAACGGGACCGUUCUUCCCCCGUUAGGAUCGAGUUUUUGGCUCUUGUGACUCACCGGAAGAAUAUUCAGCUUUAUUUUAUUAAUUUCUAAACCUUCUGGAAGGCUGCUGGCCAGCUAGCUCCGGGCUAGCCGUCCCAGUUAGCUUCUCUCCCCGGCGACCAGACAGCGGAGGCUCCGGAGGAGUCCAGGCGGUCUUCUGUGCUUUCCAACCCGGUAAUAGACCUCACCGGAGGCCGGGGACUCAAAAAAUGGCUGCCGCCUUAAUCAAAGAAAUCGUGAGCCGGAAUAAAAGGAGAUACCAGGAGGACGGCUUCGACCUGGACCUGACCUACAUUUAUCCGAACAUCAUAGCGAUGGGUUUUCCUGCAGAGCGUCUGGAAGGAGUUUAUAGAAACAACAUCGAUGACGUCGUUCGGUUUUUAGAUUCAAAGCACAAGAAUCACUAUAAGAUCUACAAUCUGUGUGCAGAGCGACAUUACGACACGUCCAAGUUCAACUGUCGAGUGGCUCAGUAUCCAUUUGAGGACCACAACCCUCCCCAGCUGGAGCUCAUCAAGCCGUUCUGUGAGGACCUGGACCAGUGGCUCAGUGAGGAUGAGCAGCACGUCGCUGCCAUCCACUGCAAGGCCGGCAAGGGGCGCACCGGUGUCAUGAUCUGCGCCUACCUACUGCACCGCGGGAAGUUCCAGGAGGCCCAGGAGGCACUCGACUUCUACGGAGAGGUCCGGACCCGCGACAAGAAGGGCGUGACCAUCCCCAGCCAGCGGCGCUACGUGGUCUACUACAGCUUCCUGCUGAGGAACCAGCUGCAGUACAAACCCAUUGCUCUGCUGUUCCACAAGAUGCUCUUCGAGACCAUCCCCAUGUUCACCGGAGGAACCUGCAACCCUCAGUUCGUGGUGUACCAGCUGAAGGUGAAGAUCCACACGUCGACUCCGACUCACACCAGGAGAGAAGAUAAACUGAUGCUGUUUGAGUUUCCUCAGCCGCUGCCUGUCUGUGGAGACAUCAAGGUGGAGUUCUUCCACAAACAGAACAAGGUCAUGAAGAAGGAAAAGAUGUUCCACUUCUGGGUCAACACGUUCUUCAUCCCUGGGCCCGAGGAGAACCUCGACAGGAUGGAGAACGGCAGCGCCGGGACGCUGCGAGAACUGACUGACAGAACACACCAGAACCUUGCAAUGACGACAGCGGGCAGCGAAACCAACGACAGAGAAUAUCUGAUUUUGACUCUGACCAAGAACGACCUGGACAAGGCCAACAAGGACAAGGCCAACAGGAACUUCUCCCCCAACUUCAAGGUAAAACUUUACUUCACCAAGACGGUGGAGGAGGGAUCGAACUGUGACGCCGGCAGCACAUCGGCCUCGGUGACGCCGGACGUCAGCGACAACGAACCGGAUCACUACCGUUACUCCGACACGACGGACUCAGACCCUGAGAACGAGCCGUUCGAAGAUGACCACCACAACCAGAUCACUAAAGUCUGACACACGUGUACAUAUAUACAUAUAUAA